GUUCACCAACAAUCUUGCCCCACCUACAUCUCUUGCUUCCCCGUGAUACGCAAUGGAAGAACUCAGCCUCUUGAUCCUGGGCGCGGGCUGGACAGCCACUUUCCUCAUCCCGCUCCUCGAAUCCCGCAGGAUCCCGUUCGCAGCAACAACCACCUCAGGCCGCUCAGUUGCCGGCGUGCCAACAAUCCCAUUCAAAUUCGACCCGGCGGCUCCGGAGCCUGAAACCCGCGCAGCCAUCGCCGCUCUGCCCCGCGCCCGCCACGUGCUUGUCACCUUCCCACUCCUGGGGAAAGGCCCGAGCCGCCUGCUCGUGGAAACCUACCAAGCCACGCAUGCCAGCAACCUGAGCGGCGCCUCUGAUAAUGACACCGAGGACAACCCGAGCAAGCACUUUCGCUUCAUCCAGCUGGGCAGCACUGGUAUCUGGCAGCAGAAGCAGCAGCAGCAGCAGCAGCAAGAGAGCACCUCCACGCCCAACCCCUGGCUAGACCGCCACAGCCCGUACCAAACCGGCUCCCCGCGGGCCGUGGCCGAGGACGAGCUGCUCGCGUUGGGCGGGUGUGUGCUGGACCUCGCGGGGCUGUGGGGCGGGGCGCGGCAUCCGCGCGGGUGGGUGCGGCGGGUGGCGACGAGCAAGGAGGCGGUGCGGCACAAGACCAGUCUGCACCUGGUCCACGGGCUGGAUGUGGCCCGGGCGAUUGUGGCCCUGAUUGCUGGGCCUGGGCCCGGGCAUGCGGAGGAUGGGGACGCGGACGCGGACGCGGACGGCAACAACAGGUGGGAGGUUGCGGGGCGAGGGCAGAGGUGGAUGGUUACGGACGGGUUUGUGUAUGACUGGUGGGCGCUGAUGGCGGGCUGGGCGGCGGUGGAGCAGGAAGUGGAGGAGGGUCCGGGGGAGGGUGAUGGGCCGGUGACUGAGCAGGCGAGGUGGGUAAGGGAGUUGAUGCUGGAAGAGGGGGUAAAGGCGUUGCCGAGGGGAAUGGAGGCUUUGGGGAGGUGCUAUGAUUCGAGGGAGUUUUGGGAAACGCUUGGGUUGGUGCCGUUGAAGGCAAGAGUGUGACUCGACGGAUAUACGCCUGUGAGCUGGGGUAGAUGUUCAUCAUUCUGUUUCAGUUUGACUCUAGGGGCCGAUGAAGGCCUUUGCCGCGUCUGGACGGAGCAGGAAGGGAAGGCGACCGGAACCUUAGCGAAUGUUAUACUGUAUACUAUUGGGAGGCACGAGGGCGGUCAAGACUCAUCAAAGGGAAAGGCGGGGUAUGCUUCUCUCAGUUCUCAGACCAGUAUUUUGGGCGGCCCAUUUGGGAGAAUCCAUCCCAGUGAGGUUCAUGUAUCUCUGGGAUUCUGGAUUCCAGCGCGUCUGCCCCGACCGGCCCCCCCAACUGCCCCUGGCUGGUACAACCACCGCGCCCUAGCGCCGAUCAAAAAAGUUAGUUUGGAAUCCGAAACCUGGAACCCGGUUUCCACUGGAGCUGGCUCUUAGUCCUGUGCAGUGGCAUUUGUCGGAUUUCUCGAGAAUAUAAAGUACGGCAUAGAAGCGGGGAAGUUUAACCUCGAUCUGUG